AUUUGUUCUCGAGGUAUUUUCGUAAUAAUAUAUUUUGUUUAUUGAAUUUAAUUUAUUUAGUGUGAAAGCUGAUAGCCAUGUCAGGAAUAAGCCGACCCUUGAGCCAAAUGCGGAAACUGGAAACGAAAGAAGCUUUGUUCCGAGCAAGAAAACGCAUACUGAAGUAUCUCGUUCUUGGGUUUUUAAAGCAGGAGGGACUCCUACAUACCGCUGAGAGCCUGGUAGCCGAGGCGGCAAUCACUGAUGAAUACGAGCUCUGCGAUAACAUUGAUUUAGAUAUCAUUCUACAGGACUACUGUAGCUACUACCUGAUGCGGUUCAACAAGCAGCCACAGUUCUGCAGACAGGUGCAAGCCGAGCAACGUCCUCGGCGGCCGCAGACCCGACGCACUCGGCCUCUCCCCGAGCCAGCGGCCACGCCACCGGAGGCUCCAAGCGAGGCCCUGCCGGCCACCUUCACCGUCACCAAACUACUGCCGAAUAACUCAGAAUGUAAUGACAAAUUACUGGCAGUAGAGAAGAAGCCGAUAUCAGUAUUAAUGUCGCGAAUAUCAUCAGAUAAGAAACACUUGGUUGAGGUCAUCUUCCAGGAUAUCAUACGGCCGUUGGAGGUCUGCUGGGACGAUGUCAAAGGACUGAUGGACGCAAAGGGUCUUCUAAUGGAAUCUGUUGUAUAUCCUGUGAGGCAUCCCGAGGUUUUCACCGGUCUGCUCGAACCCUGGCGGGGAGUACUGCUACACGGUCCACCAGGCACCGGAAAGACCAUGCUAGCGCGAGCGGUGGCUGCUGAGAGUGGCUGCACUUUCUUCAAUAUCACGUGCAGCACUCUCGUAAAUAAAUGGAGAGGAGAAUCAGAGAAGAUUAUUAAUGUUCUCUUCGAAAUGGCGUCAUAUUAUUCUCCAUCCAUAAUAUUCGUGGAUGAGGUGGAGACUUUGGCUUCGGAACGGUCUUCCGCCGGGGAACACGAAGCCUCACGAAGACUGAAAGCCCAGCUGCUCACUGAGCUGGAUGGAAUAGCCCAUAGAGAGGGCAUUGUGUUCCUGCUAGCGAAUUCUAACAUGCCGUGGGAAGUUGACUCAGCUAUGCUCCGGCGACUUGAGAAACGAAUCCACAUACCGUUGCCAGACAUAAAUACCAGGGCGGAGCUGUUCGAGGCCUAUUUGAGUGCAAAGACCAUAGAGCUGGUGAAAGUGGACUUCCAGGAAUUGGCUGCCAGGACAGAGGGGUACUCGGGGAGUGACAUAAAGCUCGUGUGCAAGGAAGCUCUGAUGGCAAGCGUGAGGAAGAUGCUGCCCAGUAUGAGUAGAGGUGUCUCAAGCAGACGGGACAAGUUGAGUAUGUCGGACAUAAUCGCAGCGAUCGAGCGAACCAAGCCAGUCUCUAAGAAUACCGCCAAGAGACACGCGGCUUGGCACAACGAGAUGGGAUCUUCUUGAUAAUAUCUAGUCUUGUUUUGUUACUAGUGAUGACCCUCUCGUGUCUCCUACCCUUGUAUGCAUGCCUGGUUAAGCAUAUGCAAUGGUAGUUUAAUCUAAGUAUGGGAAAUGUUUGAACCUGAAUAGCUGCCUGUUAUCUACUACAAAAUUGACUGGCAAAAUUUGCAUAUGACUCAUCCAAAAAUCAGAAAUAAUAUAUAAUCUUCAGUGCCAAGUGUGAAUUUUUUAUUAUUCUUAUUAAUUUGUAUGGUGUCUAUGAUGUUUUCCUCUACUUUUACUAUAUGGCGCUCUUUCGACGCCAUAAUAAGGUAAGAAUAGGUAAAAAAUUUCACACUUGGCACAACUACGGCUCUGUACUGUUGGAGGGUGCUUUCAUUUUCCGUAAAUGAUUCCGUAAAGACAAUCAGUUCUAACUUAUGUAUUGUAAUGGUUGUGGAAAGAUUUUAUUGCAGCACAGUUGACUCGUUUUUGAAAUAACAUAAAACGAAAUGAGUAGGAAUGAAUAGUUUUGUGUUAAGGUUUGUUUUAAGUAAAUUAUAAAAUGGGAGUAAUAAAACAUGUACUUUCUAGCUACAAAAAAUAAAAAUGCAAAUUUAUAUUUUGGCCAAUUUUGUUCAACAGAGAGUAUAAUAAUGUAUAUAAAUUUUACCUCUUAGGAUCAUAAAGCACUACAUAUUAUGUCGCCAAGAGUAUUUACAAAAUGUAAUAAUGUAGACUUAUCGACGGCAACUCACCUUAUCCGUACACGCUCUGUCAAUGGGACGAUGUAUAGCUUACCAUCGAUAGAAGUUUGCAUGGAAAUCUCAAUUCACGCGACCCAAUAUAAGGCGAUAAGAAUGACUUAUCGGGUAUAUUGAGACAGCUUCAGAUUAUUGACAGCUAAUUACCUACUGACAGUAAAAGGCAGUCAUUUAUCUCUAUACGUAGAUAGUAUAUAGGAAACGGCUGUUAAACUUUUGUAUUUACGGUCUAUCCGUAGUUUCGUGCCCGGUACGGUUAACUUAUAAUAGCCGAAACACAUGGUAGGAUUUGGUACGGCCUGACCACCGGACGGUCCGGUGGGCAUGGGUUGGCGCCUCCCAUUGGUCCGCUGUUGUACUCGGUACUUAUAAUAAUAUUGUGCGUUGGACAAUACGAAAUACCAUCGAAUAUGAUCCGCUACCGGACCGCGUCCGAUGUUCGAUCAUGUAUUUAUGGCUUAAGUAAACACCAGUUCGGUGGUAAACAUUUAAUUCAUUCUCUACGUCUAAAUCUGAUUUACAAAUACAACACUAUAACAUAAAAUUGAUUACAUUUUAAUUAAACUAAUAUACAACACAACAGUAAUUAUAUACAAAAUAUAUCUAUAGAUAGUUGUAUACAACUCAAAAUUAAAAUUAUUAUUUAUGCCAAAAGACACUAGUUUAUUAGUGAUUUAAAAUUUUAAAUAAAAAUAAAUAAAACAGGAACUAGUUUCAAUUUAAUUUCGAUUCGAUCAUUUCUAGCAAGUCUCGCAAAACGACACAGGGCGCGGCCGCCAUUGCAGUGGCUUAGCCUGGCUGCCCGUUAUAAAUUGAUUAAAUUGGGAUUCUAUCUAUGAAAGAGCCACUUAAAUAAAGCAGUAGAAAGUAAUUUAUCUACAAUAAUAUAUAUAUUUUUAUUAGAUUUUUAGACUGAUUUUAAAUUUGAAUAAAGUUUAGGGGAAGAUCUGAGAAGACUUGAGAACACAUCUUGGAAAACCGAGACGGUGACAGCACCAGAGAAGGGUUAAGCUCUUGAAGCCAUAUUUAUCACCCACAGUGAAGUGCUCCUUCUCCGAUCGCUUUAAUACCUCAAGAAAGUAAUGAAACGUGGCUAAUACAGGAAAUGUAUUGAAUUACGAAACAAACUGUUAACUAUAAAAAUAUCGCGGUUAUUUCUGGAAAAUAUUUAUUUUUACUAUCACAGAAUGAUUCAAUAAUAAUCAUGUUGGUCUAACCUAGUUUAAAAAAUCGCCAAACAGCUGGUAAUUAAAUAUUAGCUGCGACCGAUGGUAGAU